AUUGAAUGACUAUGAUACCCGAUAUCAACAUAUCAUAUGGGAUUUGCAGAUCACCAAGCUGCCCUGAAAUUCAACAUUGAUUACAAACCCUUUACUGAGCUCCACAAGCAGCACCAGGACAACCUGGAGGACAUCACGGGCCGGUUUGAUGGCAUCAAGAUGACCCUCUCAGAGAAGGUGGAGACCUUGCGCAGCGAGUGUGACCGCCUGCGUGAUCGCGCCAAACACUGCGAAGAGGCCCUCCAGAGGGACUCUGACUUCAAAGUACAGUGCGCACUGGCCCCCUACCGCAGUCUGCCGCAGGAGUUAGAGAGUCUAAAGACUGUCCUGGAAAUGAAGAACAAGGAAAUCAACAAGCUACGCACCCACGAUAUUGAGCUGCAGAAGAAAAGUCCUUCAUGAGCGAUGCCCGAGUUUGAUGAAGAAGUACGACAAGGAAUCGCGAGCAAACAAGCGCCUGUCCAUGGAUUACGAGGAGCUGAUGUGGAAACUGUCCGAGUCAUUCACCGACCCUGACCUGGGAACCCUGGAGUUGUACCAGAAAAUGGGAAUGUCCCCCAACGGUGAUCUAACUUCACCCGGCCUUGGCAGAAAGUUGAGAACACCGUCUAGUUCGGAAAGCAGUCCCUCCAAAAGUCCUGCCACCAGAAGGACUUUGUCCUUGAGUGCUGACGAUCGGGAUGAGAAAAAAAUGAAGAGACGUUCUGGAAAUUAUUUAAUAGACGAAAUGAAGCACAGGGCCACUAGUCCUCUUGCAAAGCAAAGUGUGUAAAACCCACUCACGAAGUCGUGGUCACCAGGUAGUGGUUCUCUGUCAAGUUCGCCAACGCGCUCGAAUGGUCGUAAUGGCACUGCCAUGUCCCAGUCCUGGUGUGUUGAAAUGGAAAAGGAUGAGAACCAAUCGCAAGCAGUAGUCAGCAAGAUUCCUCGGAGCAAAUCCAACACAGAUAAACAAUCGCAUGGGAAGUCAGUUUCUCCAGAAGUAAGUGAUAGAUUGAGAACUGAACAAGUUUCUAUUUUGAAAAUGGAAAGGGAUAAUUCCAAUUCCAACAGCGUAAACGGCGAUGUCCAGACGUCCGUUGAGUCUGAACUUGUCACGUGCAAGAGUGGAGAAUCACCACAAAAAACAGAGCCAAAGGCUGUCCCAGAAAUGGUGCCAUUUUCGGAAAGUGACCAUGUGUUCAACGAAAAUUUCUGUGUGAUGAAUAAUAAACAUGCCAAUACUGAUUCUGAUACAAAUUACUCUACCUCUUCCAUUACUUCUGUCGACACACUUCAAUCUGAAACUCUUUCCUGCCCAUCUUCAAAACUGCCAGUAAACAUUGAAGAAGAAAAUGACACAGGAUCAGCAAGACGUAGAGGUCACACAGAAAAAACUGUAUGAUCUUUUUUGUAUUGAACAAACUUUUCGUUUAAGUAGUUACAGUGUUUGUGUUGAAAAGCAAUUACUGCAAAACCAUUUUUAUUUGUAAGCAUAAAAUGUUGCGGGGGAUUUUUCCGCAGACUCACAAUUUCGUUGCCAUGUGAAUUCUAAGAUAGCUGAUUAAAAAAACAACAACUUUGGAAUGUUUGUCGGUCAGUCAUGUGUACAAGUGUAUGUAAUGCAUGUCUAAGAUCAUUCCCAGGGGGGGGGGGGGGGGGGGGGGGGGGCGGGGGGCGGUCACUUUGGUGUGCAGGCCUUGAAUAUCACUUGCCAAUUAACUUGUCCAUUGUUAUGAGGUGAUAGUCAAAACAUCUCUGUUUUUUACGUGCUAAUAAACUCCCCAAUUGAUAAAAUGAUAGUGAACAGAUAAGCAGGACUGAAUCAAUAUUACUGACUGUUAGUAGCGUAGAAGUCAAUUUUAAAUGGGUCUGAUUGAAUUAAUCAUGGCCAAAGUGAGGAAAUUCUUACCUCUAUCCAUGUCAAUUAUAGAAGGUUCGAAGAGUAUUGAUUUAUAAUUAAUGUUAUCAAAUUAUUUUGCUUAGUUUUCAAUUAAGCUUUAUUAUACCCCCACAAACGAAGUUUAGGGGGGUAUAUAGAAGUGAACCUGUUGGUCGGUCUGUCUGUCGGUCGGUAUUAAGUGUCCGCUCUCUAAUUCAAGUAGUUUUCAUCCGAUCUUCACCAAACUUGGUCAGAAUUUGUAUCUACAUGAUGUCUAGGCCAAGUUCGAACAUGGGCCUUGCCGGGUCAAAAACUAGGUCACGGGGUCACUUAGUGCGUUUUAAACAUUCAGCAUGUUGUCCGCUCUCUAAUUCAAGUAGUUUUCAUCCAAUCUUCAACAAACUUGUUCAGAAGUUGUAUCUAGAUGAUCUUAAGGCCAAGUUCAAACAUGGGCCUUGCCGGGUCAAAAACUUGGUUACGGGGUCACUUAGUGCUUUUUAAACAUCACAAUGUUGUCCGCUCUCUAAUUCAGUAGCUUUCAUCCAAUCUUCACCAAACUUGGUCAGAAGUUGUAUCUAGAUGAUGACUAGGUCAAGUUUGAAUAUGGGUCAUGCCGGGUCAAAAACUGGGUCACGGGGUAUCUUAGUGCGUUUUAAACCUCACCAUGUUGUCCGCUCUCUAAUUCAAGUAGUUUUCAUCCAAUCCUCACCAAACUUGGUCACAAGUUUUAUCUAAAUGAUCUCUAUGACACAUUUGAACAUGGGCCAUUCCGGGCCUAAAACUAGGUCACGGGGUCACCAAGUGCGUUUUUUAACAUUCAGCAUGGUGUCCGCUCUCUAAUUCAAGUAGUUUACAUCCGAUCUUCACCAAACUUGGUCAGAAGUUUUAUGGAGAUGAUCUAAAGGCCAAGUUAGAACAUGGGCCUUUCUGGGUCAAAAACUAGGUCAAGGGGUCACUAAGUGCGUUUUAAAAAUUGAGCAUGGUGUCCGCUGUUUUUUGUGAAGGCGACAUGCAAAAUAUUAUGUGUCAAUGCGGCAUGUGGAGGUAUUUGUCACGUCUGUGACAAAGCUCUAGUUUCAGAUGAAUAAAUGCAUAAAACUGUUUCAUUCAGGUGAUUAUCACACAUUGUCAUCUUACAAUUGCAUAUUUGUCUCCUGCCGCUGAAACCGGAGGGGAAUUAUGGUGUGCGCUCUGUCUUUCUGUCAGUCAGACACACUUUUCUGGAUCCUGCGAUAACUUUAAGUUAUUCAUAUUUUUUCAUGAAACUUGUAACCUGGAUAGAGAUUAUGCACAUCAUUUCAUUUUGUUCCUACGUCAAGAAUUAUGGUUGCUAUGGCAACAAAUAUAUAUAAAAAAAAAUAUAUAAAAUUUUUACUGACAAUGGGGAGUUUCACCGGUAGGGGACAAUAUUGCUUGGCAAUCGCUUGUUUGUUUUUGUUUCCCUGUGAUUAUAAUACAUUAGGAAGUUGAACCUCCACAUUUUAAGCUCGGCUGUUUUCGGAGAAAACCCGAGGUAUUGUCUUAGCCAGCUCGUCGUCCGCGUCAUGCUAAAACCUUAACAUUUUGUUGAACAUUGGCUCUCAAAUCAAAGUGCUUCAACCUACAAUUUUAAAACUUUAUAUGUAGCUGCACCUUGAUUAGUUCUACAUGCCACACCUAUUUUUGGGUCACUAGGGCAAAGGUCAAGGUCACUGUGACCUCUAAAAAAAAUCUGAAAAGCUUUAAUUUAUUCAAAACUGCACCCGCAGCCAAGCGUGGCACCCGUUCUGCGGUGCUCUUGUUUUAUUUGGCUUCAUAACUUAUUAUUGAUUGUCAGCAUAACUACUGACCAGACUGCAGGAGUGUGCAGGCAUGUUCACAUGAUACCCCUCAUAUAACCUUUCAUUACUUAUCAAACUUGGAUGUUCAUGAUGAUUGGUGAUUUUUUUUAUUUUUUUCCAUAUAUGCACAAACAAUUACUUUAAUAUUUAUUCUAGUAAAUACUCCCAAUCACCAAAGUGAAGUGUUUUUAUGUCUUCCACCACUAUAGUGGGGGACGUAUUGUUUUUGCCCUGUCCGUUGGUUUGUUUGUGUGUUUGCGUCAAACUUUAACAUUUGCUAUAACUUUUGCAAUAUUGAAGAUAGCAACUUGAUAUUUGGCAUGCAUGUGUAUCUCAUGGAAGUGCACAUUUUGAGUGGUGAAAGGGCAAGGUCAUCCUUCAAGGUCAAAGGUCAAAUAUAUGGGGACAAAGUGUUUCACAAACACAUCGCUUGUUUUAUAAUACAUCACAGACCCAAAUUAUAUUCAAAGUUUAGAUAUGGGACCUGCAAAUUGCUUUAUGUCAUUAGAUAAUGUUCAAAAUAUAUAUAUCAAUCAUAAGUAGUGCCCCCCCCCC